GAAUACCAACCUUUUCAGAAAAGAAAGAGCAUAAAAACAAUAAUAAAAGUAAAAACAAUUAUUAUAGUGAUGAAAAAAUAGAACGAUAAUGGAAGAAUAUUGCAAUGGCCUAUAGGCAUUCAUCAUCAUCAUCUGCAGCGUCUCAUUCACGGGCUUCUUCUAGCCUUGCAUGCUGGGCAUUCCUGUUCUUUGCAGCUUUUUUCGUCUUUAAGGUGGAUAUUCUGAUUGUCCAGAAAAUAUCGAGAAUUCGACAUAGUACGGAACAUAUAAAUCAAAUAGUAGUUCAUGAACCCAAAUCACCCGAUUCGCCAUUCAAGUUCGGAAAUGGCACAUUCCAAAAAGAGUUCAUAUUAUCGUGGGGAGAUGAACGUUGCAAGAUAUAUGAAAAUGGAGAACUACUUACACUGGAACUCGACAGAUCUUCUGGGUCAGGCUUUGAGUCCAAAAAGGAAUUCAUCUUUUGCAAGAUUGAUAUGCAAAUUAAGCUCGUCCCCGGAGACUCCGCGGGCACCGUCACCACUUAUUAUUUAACAUCGGAUGGCGAUCACCAUGAUGAGAUAGAUUUUGAAUUUCUGGGAAACUCAUCUGGCAAUCCCUACACGCUUCACACGAAUGUGUUCAGUCAAGGAAGAGGUGAUAGAGAGGUGCAGUUCUUCUUGUGGUUCGACCCUACAGCAGACUUCCACACAUAUACUAUUCUUUGGAAUCCUAAAGCUAUCGUGUUCUACGUGGAUGGAACACCGAUCAGAGAGUUCAGAAACGCGGAGGCAAUUGGAGUGCCUUUCCCGAAGGAUCAACCGAUGAGGCUAUACUCAAGUAUAUGGAAUGCUGAUGCCUGGGCCACACAGGGUGGACGUGUGAAGACGAACUGGACUCU